CUCUGAUCUAUAUCGCUUCGAGACACACUAAAGCUAAUGUCAGGGGGAAAUCUAUUACAAACCGGAAGCUAACGAUAUUCUGAUAAAAGCCGAGGACUUCUUUCGUAACACUUUAUUUCCGGUUUUUGCACAGUAUCAAGUUGCAGAAUUUGGAAACAUAUUUUUUUUUCGGUGACUGGCUUAAAAAAAACCAGUGUUUCUUUUUUCGUGCAUGCUCACAAAAAAUCGCGAGUCUUAAGAUGUCAAAAUCAAUAUCAUUUCGGUUGCAAGUAAGCUCCAUAAUGGAGAUAAUGACCAAAACGGCUAUUGAAGAAAUAUGCAAAAUUGUUGACAGCGAUUUUGCGUUUUUACGACAAGAACUGUCUCGGGUCAUGGGUGAAAAUACGGUUCUUAAAGACCAAAUGCUCUGUCUCGGGAGCGAAAGGCAUGAAGAAAGCACGCGCAUCACAAAGGAAGAAGCGCGCGCUGGCUCAAAAAUAUAUCGUUCUAUUUGCGUUCAAACCGAAGAUGGAGCGCAGCCCUCCAUCAAAGGGAUAUUUGGAAAGGAGUGGUGUUCCAGUUUGUGGGAUCGGAGGAACGAGUCCAGAGAAGACGAGCUGGCGAUCGAUGUCGACCUGUACAGUGUGUCGCCUCAUGAGCACAAAGAACAAGAGCAAUCCAACCUGGUCAUAAUCAAAGAAGAGUGUUUUGAGGUGGACACUUACCCCAGUUAUACAGGGAAAACACCGCUAGCUUCAAGAGGACAGCCAACAUCUUCUGUAUAUGAGCCUCUGGCACACUUAAAAAGUUUUGAUAGCCACUUUGAGUCUGGUGAAUUUUCAGAGCUAUCGGAAACACAAAACACAUCCUCUGAUUCAUCAGACAAACACUCUAGGAAAAACUAUAUUGAUAAUGCUGUCGACCAGUUAAUAGCACCAAUAGAGGAUCCAUUGGAAUUUGAUGGUCACUCUAUACUCAACCAAUUUUCAGUAGAACAUAAUAGUGAGUUUUCCUCUGAGAUUCAGGAGGAUGAAGAAGCACAGGAAAUACAUGAGGAUGCCGCAACCAUGACAGAACAUUGCCAAAAGAGAGUCAAGGUGCAGAAACCGCCAAACAACUUCAUUUGCUACGACAGCGGGAAGGUGUUUCUUCGGCAAAAUACUGCCAAAAAGCGUCUCAGAAAACAUCGAUUUCCAAAGUUGAAACCAAGCGAAAAGUUCCGUUGUGAGGUCUGCGGGAGAUGCUUCCAUUCCAACACCAAUCUCACCAUUCACUAUUUGGUCCACACAGGGGAACGGCCCAAUAAAUGCAGUUUUUGUGGAAAAGGCUUCUCCCAGAAAGGAAAUUUACAAGCUCAUGAACGCAUCCACAGAGGAGAAAGACCUUUUGGUUGUGCCACCUGCGGAAGGAGUUUCACCCAGAAAGUUAGCCUGCGUAAUCACGAACGUAUCCACAGAGGAGAACGACCUUUUACUUGUAUAACCUGCGGAAAGGGUUUCACCCAGCAAGUCACCCUCAAACAGCACCUCGUUGUCCAUGACAGAACGGGUAAACAAGUCAGGAGGAAAUCAAGGAAAAAUCACCGUGAUAUAAGUCAUAGCUUUAUGUAGCAAACGUUUUUUUGUUACUUCUAAAUUUGAGAUCGCAGUAGCUGUUUAAAGGGAAAUACAAACAGUGGAAAUGUGAGGUUGGAGCACCUUAAAAAGAAUGUCUCUUUGUGUAAUACUGUAGUAGAUAGUAGCAGAAAUAUAUAGUCUGGUAUGGCUGUGUAUAACUCAGUGAUGUAGUUGUUGUCCCACCAACUAAUCUGUUUCUUCUGUUAAACCAAAAGCACGGCCUUUAAUAUGGUCGUUUACAUCUGGGGCCCGUUCUUCGUACCUUGCUUAAUACAUCUGAGAUGAUUUGAAAGAUGCAAGAUCUUCUAAUGGUGAUAACUGAUCUCUGGCUUAUUUGGUUUUUCAAAUUAAUUCUGGAUUAAAUUGUCUAAGAUUACUGCACGUUCUCAUGUUCCCAGAAAAGGGCAGAUGUAUCGUUUCUCGUAAACCACGAUCAGCAAUGUAGCGAUUGGUUGGCGGCAAGACAGUGUCAGUUCUGCUUAAAAUAUGCAAUCUAAUCUUGUUUACAUGAAAUAAAACUAAUCCAGAGCAGGUUUAAGUUUAGGGAUCUAAACAAAACAAUCCAAGAUCAAGCGAUGACGUCAAUAAUCAAAUCCAGCUAAAUGGGUUAGCGAUGUACGAAGAAGAGACCCCGGGCUAAACUUUGAAGUAUUUUGAAACAAGUCUCUUCUGCUUUCAAAGGCUGCAUAAAUUUGAUGAAAACUACAGUAAUAUGUUGAAAUAUUAUUAUAAUUAACAAUAUCUGUUUUCGAUAUCCAUAUAAUAAAUAUUUUUAUUUAUUUCUGUAAAAUCAAAGAUGAAUUUUCAGUCUUCAGUAUCACAUGAUCCUUUUGAA